AUGUCCCACAGGGUGGCAGAGCUGGCGGGGGCCGGGCCACCCAUCUAUAUCCCCAGGCUCCCCGUGCCCUCCCGCAGUGGCUGGAAGCAGAUGGCAGUACAGUUUGAAGCCUUCUGUGCAGGGGGCCUGGCCCCUGGCUGGAACCUGCUCGUCCAGGGACAUGCUGACUCUGGAGAGGACAGGUCAGAGAUUCACUUCCUGUCGGAGACAGGGGACAUUGCCUUCCACGUCAAGCCCCGGUUCUCCAGCACCACCAUGGUGGGCAGUGCCUUCUAGGGCGGCCGCUGGGGCCUGGCGGAGCUGUCUAGCAUCUUCCGGCUGGCCCUGGGGGAGCCCUUUGAGGUGACAGGGGCCUGGCACUGAGGUCACUGGCCCUGGCCUGCCCAGAUAGAGGUCAGCUCAGACGUGGAGCAUUUCCACGUCUACUCCUGGGAGCACAAGGUGCUGCAGUCCCCACACCGCCAGAGGCCGCUGGGCACCAUCACCAGGGUGUGCGUGCUGAGUGACCACCUCUGGUCCAGGAAGGAGCUGGCCAAGAGGGGCCUGAGCUGGGGGUAA